AGACAGGAGACAGAGCAACCUGAAGGAGUUGAGGAUGGAAGCCGCUCGUGAUGGCAACCUGGCAGCGAUACGGCAGACCUAUCCAGAGGGGUGCGAUAUCGAAUACUUGAACAGGAAGGACGAGGACGGAAGGACUGCUCUGCACUGGGCAUGCGCCAACAAGCCGAAAGCAGGUCAGAGCCAUGCUGAAUGUGUGGCAUAUCUGCUUGAGAGAAGAGCCAACGCCACGACUGUGGAUGAUGGAGGCUGGUGCCCGUUGCUCUCGGCUGCGAGCUCGGGCAACGCGGACAUAGUGAAGACCCUGUUGGAUGCCAAUGCCAAGGUGGAUUUUGAGGAGGCGAGCAGCCAGUGUACGGCUCUGCAUUUGGCCUGCAGCAAAGGCCACACGG